UAUCAAGAAACUGAUAAUGUUUCUUUGAAUUUUCUUCUGUGCCUGCUUCAUCAAUGUCUCUCAUAUUGCAUAUCUUAAGAGACAUACUGGAAUAUUUUGGUAUUCCCAUGGAUCAGGUUUUGCAGAUUUGGGGAAAUAAAGGCUAUGGAUCAGCUCGGAGUAUUGUUCGUAUUAUUGGGAAAUAUCUUCCUUUAGAACCUUGUCAAAGGCCUGAUUUUGAGUUGAUCCCACUCUUGAACUCUGUAGACUCUGGUAACUGUGGAUCUGUAGUUCCAUCUUUUGCUGAUAUUUUGUGUGUGGCAAAUGAUGAAGAAGCCAGUUAUCUCAGAUUUCGAAAUGGUAUAUGGAAAAAUGAGGAAGAGGAAAAAGGUGAAGCUCUCCAUCCUGUGCAAUUAGUUUGGGAUCCAUUGUCACCUGCUCUAAGACAUAACAAACCACUGAAAAAUUCUCAGCCUGUAAAUGAAGCUGCAAUUAAAAAAAUAGCUGCCCUUGAAGAUGAACUAACUUUUCUUCGCUCUCAGAUUGCUGCCAUUGUGGAAAUGCAGGAACUGAAAAACAAUGCAAAUUCUGGCUCCUUUGACUCGACUGAUGGGCCUGCUGGUUUGGGAGAAGUGCCAUCCUCAGGGACUGCUCGACUGAGCGUCAAACCAGAUCCAUCUGCAAGUUCAGGGCUUCCUGCUCCUCCUCUCCCCCCGCCACUGCCCCCUCAGUUUUCCUCUCUACAGCCUCCAAGUUUUCUUGUGCAGCCAGGAUAUAAUAGUAUUUAUGACUCAGACAAUUCAGCAACUGAAAUGACAAAACAGUACCCAGGUGCUAGUAAGUCCAAUUAUAGUCGUCAUUCAGAAAACCAGGAAAAGAAAGAUGUUCCGAACAUGUUGGAUGUUCUAAAGGACAUGAAUAAGAUUAAACUUCGUGCAGUUGAACGGUCACCUGGAGGCAGACCCAUUCAUAAAAGGAAAAGACACAGUUCACAGUGGGAUCCGGUGUCUUUAAUAUCCCAGGCACUUAAGCGGAAAUUUGCGUUCCAAGAAGAUGAUUCCUUUGAGAAAGAAAAUAGGUCUUGGGAGUCUUCUCCAUUUUCUAGUCCAGAAAGUUCAAGAGGGAGCUCUGAUUUUGGACGUCACAUUACACAGUCAGAAGGACAGUGACCCAAAGGAAAGGUGACCAAGGUGUGAGCAGCGAAAGCCGAGUCUGCACUUACUUACAAGGCAAGAUUGCAAAGAUACGCCAGCAUGUCUUGCACUAUGUGUUGAUGAAAUUAAAGGAAGUCUGUGCACUAGGACGUAUUAGUGCAGAGGUCUGAAAGUCUUGACUCUUAAGAAUACUCAUCUCUGGUUUUGGAAUAUCCAGCAGUUA